AUGCUACGCAGGGCGAGGCAGUCAGUCUACUGGCCAGGGAUUGACGCGGAGGUGGAGCAGAAGAGGCGCCAAUGUGCAGUAUGCGACACGCACGCCCCCUCCAGCCCCGCAGAGAGCCUGAUGCCCAUCCCACCCCCGCUAUAUCCAUUCCAACAAGUAGUGGCAGACUUAUUUCAACUGGAUGGCCACACCUAUAUCGCCUUUGCCGACAGGCUCUCGGGAUGGCUCGAGGUAGAGCACCUGUCAGGCGAUGCCACCAGCGCACGCCUGAUAGCAAUCUUUCGACGGUGGUUCAGGCGCUUUGGCAUCCCAGAGGAGCUGUCGUGUGACGGAGGAACAAACCUUACUAGCCAGGAAUCCAGGAGCUUCUUCAACACCUGGUGUGUACGCCUGAGGAUCUCAUCCGCACACUAUCCCCAGUCCAACGGCCGAGCAGAGGCGGCAGUCAAGUGUGUGAAGAGGCUACUACGCAGCAACACUGCCCGGAAUGGCUCCCUGGACACCAACGCUGCCGCAAGGGGCUCUGAAGCCUCCCCAGCCCAGCUGCUCACAGGACGUCAGUUGCGGGAUGCCAUACCUGUCGACACAUCUCUCUAUGAAGUGAGCGAGCGGUGGGCUUGGCUUCUGCGGGAACGCGAACGGGCCUUGUUCCGCUCUGGGGACAACGCAGCCUCUCGGCACAACCAGUCAGCCCACAACCUUGAGCCCCUUACACCUGGCCAACGGACUCACAUCCAGAACCCCAGCAGCGGACGCUGGGAUCGCGCAGGUACUGUACUGGAGACUACAGCACCCAGACAGUACCUGGUGCGGCUGGACGGCAGCGGGCGCGCCACCAUCAGGAACAGGCGCCACCUACGGCCGCUCACGCGCGAACCGCACACUCAGGCAAGCGACGACGGGGCAGCUGCAACACCUGACCCCACCCCGCCUACUCAAAGAAGGCCCCAGCGCUCCAGACGGGCGCCACGUCACCUCUACAACUACGUAUUAGGGGACACCACCCCUUAA